AGCUGAGGGAGAAGUUGGGGAAGGGGGAGGAGUUGGAGGGUUCUGCGGUCGCUGACACAGGACUCUGCCGCUGAGAAGCGGGGAAGUGGCCUUAUAGUGGGUCCGACCCGGCGUUCAGGCCACGGGAAGUCAAAGCGCCGAGGUUGAAAAGCGGGAUCGCGAGGGGGAGCCGCCCUCUCCGCGCCGAAUUGGGACCGUUCGGGGUAGUCCUAGGAAUUGGGUAAAGAUGCAGGAAGCAGAUCUAGUAGCAAAAAUGCUUCGAGCUGUUCUCCAAUCUCAUAAAACUGGAGUGCCCUUUUCCUAUUUGCAAGGGGAAUAUAAAUCUUUAACUGGAGAUUGGAUUCCUUUUAAGCAGCUGGGAUAUGCUACAUUAGAGGGAUAUCUGAAGAGUAUUCCUGGAGUUGUUAGAAUUGAAAUUAGCAAAAGUGGUGAGGUAACUUGCCAUGCUGUUGUUUGCCAGGAGACUGCAAGAAUUGCUAAGCUUGUAGCCUGCCAGAGAACUUCCAAAAAAAAAUCAAAACGGCAAGUGAAUUGCCAGAUGAGGCUGAAAAAUACAACCCCCCUCGCCUCAAUAGGCAAACCAAAGGACACGCUGAGAAAACCCGGAUUCAUGAGUUUUUCAGAAGAGGCUACGAGGGGUACAGUCCCACUGCUGAGAGGCAAGGGAAACCAUACAGUUGUGAAUCCUACUAUGAACCUUUCAUCAUAUCCUUUAUCCCCUGAAUUUAGGACGGCUAUACCUAAUGAAGUUUUGAUACAAGGACAUGUGACCAUGGUGAACAGGCCUGAGAGAAGACUUGUGAUUCCACCAAGGUUUCAAAAAGAGCUUCAAGUUUAUUUGACAAGAAAUGUGCCUUUGGACAUCAACGAAAAUGUAAAAGAACCAAGACAAUUAAUGCAAGCAGUGCCCCCUCGCAACUCAAAUACUGAUAUAAAUGAGAUUCAGAAAAGAAUAAAGGACAUCAUAAGUCGAUUUAAAAAUGGAAUAUGGUUAUCGAAGAUACCACACUUGUACAAAGAGGCAUAUGAUGAAGACUUUAAUACAACUUUGCUGGCACAAUUUGAAUACUGGCCACAUGUUUGUGUGGCAGAGAAGAUAUCUGCCGGCGGCCAAAGAGAUACAAUUCUCUACCCUCCUGGGAAAAUGCAUCACCCAGGAAAGGGCGUUUCAAGCCAAGAAAGAAAGCCUCCGCCUCCUUUACUGAAACAGAGUGUGGAAACUAAAACUGCUACCAUCCACGGAGACUUCAAGCAAAAUAUCGCAGCCAUCUUGACAAAAUAUUCCAGUGGUCUUUGGGCUAAUGCACUCCCAAAGGUAUAUGAAGACACAUACAAAGCAGCCUUGCCUCAGAAUCUUUUGGACAACCUUGACUUGCUUUCAGAUGUAUGUAUGGUCAGUUACAUUUCCGAAAAGCCAAAAAAGGCAAUUCUCUAUGCAAAGCCAAAAGAGCACCCACAGAUUGUUAUCGCUGAGAACUCCACAUGCAAAGGCGAACAGAAACCAGCCGAGCACCAGUCUACUAAAGCAAAGCAGGACUCCCAGGGGGAUGAUUUUGAACACAUUCCUGUACCUCCUUUAAUUAUCCCAGAAGAAAUAUCACCAUCUGUGUUGGUAGUGGACCUAUAUUCUACAAAUGACGUUGUUGUUAGGUAUGUGGGCGCAAACUAUUCUGGUGCCCAGGAAUCCAUGGAGGAAGAGAUGAAAGAUUGGUACAGCCGGAAUGCCUCAGUUUUGCAAAUCCAGUCUCCUAAAGUUGGACAAGUGGUUGCUGCACUUGCAGAAGAAGAUGCUUGGCUGCGAGCACAGAUUAUUUCAACAGAGGGCAAUAGAAUAAAGGUAUGCUACGUUGAUUAUGGUUUUAAUGAAAUCAUUGAAAAAUCCAGAGUGUACAAAUUAGCCAAGCAGUUCUAUAGAUUGCCAUUCCAGGCUUCCAAAUGUAAACUAGCUGGUUUGGAGGCCUUUGAUGAUGAUCCAAUCUUGGUAAAAAUGGUAGAAUCUCAAACUUGUGGCAAGAUAUUUGCUGUUGAAAUACUAGAAAAAAGUGACAUUCCCCGUAUUAUUCUAUAUGACACGUCAGGAGAUGAUGAUAUCAACAUUAAUGCUACUUGUCUGAAGGUACUACAGGAUAAAUCACUUGAGCUUCAUCUUCAGGUAGAUGCAGUGUAUACAGAUGUCCGGGUAACCAAUGUUUGCUCAGAUGGAACUUUAUAUUGCCAAGUGCCAUCGAAGGGCCUGACCAGACUCUUUGAAAUUUUGCAGAAACUGGAAAACUAUUUCAACCACAGGCAGGCAACAGAAUAUUCGAUAUCGCUACCUUUUUGUGGCAUGAUCUGCUUGCUUAACUAUAAAGGAAAAUGGGCUAGAGUGGAGAUAAUAAGUGUACACAGUAGCCGGACUCUUGAUGUUCGAUUUAUGGAUACCGGAACAGUGGCAUCUGUAAAAGUGUUGGAGCUGAGAGAGAUUCCCUCAAUAUUCCUGCGAGAAAUCAUUGCAAUGCCACCUCAGGCAAUAAAAUGCUGCUUAGCUGAUCUUCCACUGAAUAUUGGCAUGUGGACCCCAGAUGCUGUACUUUGGCUGAGAGAUACCGUAUUGAACUGUCCUGAUUGCAGCAUGAAGGUGGUUAAACUGGAUAACCAAAUUGCGCACAUCUAUCUGUUUACACCAAAGAAUUUUCCUGACCCAGAUCGCAGUAUAAAUAGGCAGAUCACCAGUGCUGAUUUGUGGAAGCAUCAGAAGGAUGUUUUUCUGAGUGUCUCUCUCAGUAAUCUCCCUGGAAGAAGCGAAAUCGAUUCACCAAUGCUGUCAAGCUUAGGGCCCAAGCAGAGCUCCACAGAUACAGUUACUCAUAUUCUGGAAUCCCGCAAGAUGGAAACUGCAGGGAAAAUGCCACCAAUCCUGCCACUUGUCCAAUCCCACGAACAGAUGGAUGUUUUUGUUGCGUUGGCAUGCCACCCAGGUUACUUUAUCCUCCAGUCCUGGAAAGAGAUGCACAAGUUAGAAAUGCUAAUGGAAGAGAUGCUUCUGUAUUAUAACACAACAGAAGACGGAGCUGUUGCUGUCGAAAAAAACAAAAUCUAUGCAGCUAAAGUGAAAAACAAAUGGCACAGAGUGUUAAUAAAAGGAUUGUUGGCAAAUGGACUGGUGACAGUGUAUGAGCUGGACUAUGGUAAACAUGAGCUGAUUAGCAUCCAAAAUAUAAGACCUCUUGUGGAUAUGUUUAGAGAGCUGCCAUUUCAGGCCAUAACAGCCCAACUUGCAGGAAUAGAAUGGCAGCAGUGGUCAGAGGAAGCUUCAAUAGUCUUCCGAAACCAUGUGGAACAGAAACCUCUAGUGGCCCAGGUGGAAACAAUUAUUGAAGGGACUAAUCUAUGGGAUCGUAAAGCAAUUGUGUAUUUGGUGGACACAACCACAGAGAAAGAUAUAUGGAUUCAUGACAUUAUGAAUCAAUUGUAAUGGAGAUUGCAAAGGCGAUUUAAAACUUUAAAAUAUUAAUAACUUUAGCAAAAUAUAAAAAAUAUAAAUAUUAAAAACUAUCA